AGAAAAAGGGACGCCUUCGAAUCGACUGGACCUGUGACAGUGGUUCAUUAGCUCUUAAGAUUUUGAGGAUUUACCUUUUCCUGACAUUUAGACGCAGUGCUGAUUCUACUGGCAUGUAGACUUAAAUCUUGGACAGCUGCUUUGGUAUUUCUGCUUUUAAAGAGAACGUGACCACCUGAGCUGAGGCAGGAAAUAGGAGCCGAGCCAGCGGUACAUUGACUGAAUUGACUGUCCUCUAUUUUUCCUUUGUGCUCUGGUUAUUUGAAUUCUUCAGGAGGUUUUUUUUACCUUAUAUGGAGGACGUACAGGGCCAUUGCUAAUGCGUGAUUGGGCCAUGUGUGAGAUGCAUAUUUGACCCACUUAAGUGUUAAAUAACACAACAAAGCAGGUACUCAAAGAACAGAAAUGAGUGAACGCUCUCUAUUAGUGAGAUGAAUACUGUGGGAAAAUAUUUCAUGAUACUGUUCAAGUGGAUGUACCUUUGUAUGAAAUAUGGUCUCACAAAACUUUUGGGUGCUAUUCCAUUUAUCAACAAUUGGCUAGCAUCCUCAGGUGUCACUGAUAGAGAAUCCUGCUCAGCAGACUCAGAGGGGUGGGAAACAUACGAAGCGCUGCGUACAUAUUACGUUGGAGAUGGAACCAAGGUUACAGUCCAAACCAGCACACAUGCCUUUCAUGUGGACCUCCAGAGACUUUCAGAGUGCAGCGAGUACUUCAGAGCCUUGUCCCAGUCCAGGAUGAGAGAGAUCUCAGACAGCCACAUCCACCUGGACCACGUGAGCUCUCCCAUCUUCUACAACUUCCUUGAGUUCUCCUUCAAUGAUAAUUUCAAAGUCCCUCAGGUGGAGUUGGAAGCACACAUCCAGGUCGGUAGCUAUCUCCUAGCUGAGGCCUUCCUCUCAAAGUGCCUAUCAGUGCUGGCAGAUGAACUCAGCCCGUCUAACUGUUUGACUUACCUGGGUCUUGCUAAGGAGCUCCUCUGUGCAGAGAUGAAGAUGACAGUGUUCGCUUAUCUGAGCAGAAACCUGCUGGAGCUGCCGCAAGUCAUCGGGUGUCUUGGUGAUGAGGAGAAGGAGGAGGUCGUGCAGUUGAGGAUGCAAGGAGACCGACGCCUCUGCAGCCUCAGAAAGGAGAACCUGAGUUCUUGGAAGGACCCGGAAACAGAACGUUCCAGACGUGUAUUCACCCUGAAGGGGUCAGAGGACAGCGGAGAUUGGCAACCAGUCACAGAGCUCCCAUUUAGGGCUGAUAAGUGGUGUUUUACCACUGUGGUGCUUUUUAAUUACUUAUAUGUUAUAGGAGGCUACAGACAGCGUAUGAAGAGAGGCUGGGAGUUCAAUAUGGCUUCCUUCAGGUAUAAUCCCUCUACUCAUACGUGGGUCGCCACAUCACCCAUGAUAAAGCACAGAAGGCACUUCAGUGCAGUAGCCUGUGAAGGCUGUAUUUACGCAGUGGGGGGCUGGUACUUGGACUCUCUGGUGACUCCAGACUCCAGCACAGCUCUCUAUGCAGCUGUAGAAUGCUACGAUCCAUGGGAGGACACGUGGAGGUUUGUGUCCUCACUGCCGCUCACUGACUUCCAGUUCACAGUGUCCUUGUCCCAUGAUGUGCCCCUUGUUACAAGCCUUGGACACUUUGUUUAUGUGCUGGGGACCAUCCAGAGGACCGGCGAGAAACUGUUGCUGCAGUACAACACAAAGCUAGACUCCUGGUCUGAACUGCUUCCCACACUCACCAGGGCGGACAUUGACCUUCCCACUCUUUAUUUCCUGGGGGCCACUGACAGGCUGCUCGUGAUUGGUGGGAACAACUCAGAGAAUGUGGUGACAUCGUUCUGCGUGGAGACACAGAAGUGGGGUCAGGUGCACCGGGCUGAGAAAGUGGCCUUUGCAGGGCAGGGGACAGUUGUAGGCGACCAGCUCCUGAUGCCGAGUAUUGAGCACAACACUGUUGUGAGGAUGGAUCUCCGAACUCUCACCCUCACGGUCCUCCCUCCUCUACCCAUCUCCAUCUGCUACGAAGCUGCCUUUUAUCUUCACUUCUAAUGCUACCGUUAGCUUCCCUGAACACACUGCACGCUUGUUUUAGUGGAUAAAUGCUUUAAAGUCUUUCUUAAACGUAAGGUGAUAAAUUACAUAAGUGGAUUAUCUUUGGAGGAUUAUCCUUAUCUUUUGUGCUUAAAGUCAUUUAGUUUAGUUCAGUUUGUGCUGACUAUAUAUAGACUCCUGAACGAUAAGCUUGACUUUAUUCUUCAGUCAAAUUGAUAUUCACUGUGGCCCUGUGCAUAAUUCAGGAUUUACUGAAGUUUAUCUUCUAAGAAAAUUGUACAUAUUCCGUACAAAUAAACUGUAUGUGAGAUACAAAAUCCAACUGAAUUCUUCUUAGAUAACUCUUGUGAUUAUCAAGGUUAAUAAAGGUUACUUCAAGGUUAUUAAAGGUUAUUUAUGAAUAUGAAUAUAAAUAGGGUAUCAUGAAAUGUGAGAGUCAUAGAAAAAAAACUUUCCAGACCCUAUCAGUUUUUUAUUUAUUUGUGUAUAUUAUAGAUAUUUCUUUAAUUAAUUAAUUAAUUACUACACUUUUCUUUCUCCGAUUGGAUAAACACCAUUACAACUUAAUGUCUUAAAGUCUUUAAAUACAUUUUUUUUAUUAUAUUAUCACAUAGGG